AUGACUUUCUCCUCAUUCUUCGGCGACUUUUUCGGAGGUGGUCACCACGAUAACGGAGAAGAAGAAAGGCUUAGGGGAGCUGACGUCGUUUUCGACUUGUUCGUCUCUUUGGAAGAAGUUUAUGUCGGUCACUUCGUGGAAGUGAAACGGAAGAAAGCCGUUUACAAACAAACAUCAGGAACGAGGAAGUGUCGCUGUCGGGCCGAAAUGCGCACGGAACAAAUUGGAAUGGGACGAUUCCAAAUGUACCAAGUUGAGGUAUGUGACGAGUGCCCGAAUGUUGUGCUCACUCAGGAAACGAGAACAUUAGAGAUUGAAGUCGAGGUCGGAGCACAUGACGGCCAUGAACAAGUUUUUGUUGGCGAAGGCGAACCUCACAUUGAAGGGGAACCUGGCGAUUUGAAGAUCAGAAUAAAUGUUGAGAAACACCCCAGAUUUGAACGGAAGGGUGAUGACCUCUACACUAACGUGACGAUCUCACUUCAAGAUGCUCUAAAUGGCUUCAAAAUGGAGAUAGAACAUCUUGAUGGUCAUAAGGUGACUGUGGAACGCGAAAAGGUGACGUGGCCAGGCGCCCGAUUGCGGAAGAAGGACGAAGGGAUGCCCAACCUAACAAACAAUAACCAACGAGGCGUUCUUUAUGUCACAUUUGAUGUUGAAUUCCCUCGUACCGAGUUGUCCGAAGAGCAAAAGCAGCUCGUCAUUGAUCUGUUGAAACAGUCAGAUGUGAAGCCUAAAGUUUAUAAUGGUCUCCAAGGUUAUUAG